AUGAGGUUGGAAAUGAGAGUGCGGGCGCCUAUGUCCAUGGAUGAAUCAAGGUACUUUGUGCUUAUACUUGAAGCGCAUUGCUUGGACGAACGUGAUUUCAAGAUGACAGAUUUGACAUUGACAGAUUUUUCAACCUGGGCCUCGUCGGCCACUUUCACCGUUUAUCGAGACUGUUGCUCAUUGUUAUGGGCCAUACCCAAGCUUUCUCCAGGCAAGCAUUGCUUGCCAACUCAUUUCGCCCUUGAUAUCAACGCUGCGAGCCGAGGCGCACCCCGGCAACCACCUUGUGGUUACUCAGUCGCAGCUUUUAUCGAGCUCGAUGACGUUUACACCAUGGCCAAAGUCCCCAAACUCUCGGCAACCAAGCCAACGGCGGCGACUGUGGUCGGCAAGCGGGCCGAAGCACGCUCAGCCGCAGCCGCAUCCGCGAUCUCGGGCACGGGUCCGGCCCGCAAUGGGUACUCCCUUCGGCGCUGGCUGCGCGAUGCCGACGAUCCUCGCACGCCGUGUGGGGUCUUCGAGACUGGUGGUGGAGGUGAUGAGGGCGGUGGCGAAGUCGCUGGCGUUGUCACGGCUGUUGCCACCGCCGCCUCUGAGAAACAUCCGGGAAUGUGCGAUACAGUUUAUUUCGGCAAUCUGAGACCUGGAGCCCCGCCACUGCGGGUUGAGGUGGUCUGGAUCGCGCUAAUAUGGGUUUGCAAGAUCGACUGA